AGGAAUAUGGAAGAACAAAAUCUAACAGGUAUCUCAGAAUUCUAUCUCAUGGAACUGUCAGAGGACCCAGACCUGCAGCCCCUUCUCUUUGGACUGUUCCUGUGCAUGUACCUGGUCACAGUGCUCGGGAACCUACUCAUCAUCCUGGCCGUCAGCUCUGACCCCCACCUCCACACCCCCAUGUACUUCUUCCUCUCCAACCUGUCCUUGGCUGACAUCUGCUUCAUCUCCACCACGGUCCCAAAUAUGCUCAUGAACAUCCAAACUCAUAGGAGAGCCAUCUCCUAUGUGGGCUGCCUGACACAGAUGUCUCUAUUUAGCAUUUUUGGAUGUAUGGAUGACAUGCUUCUGACUGUGAUGGCCUAUGACCGGUAUGUGGCCAUCUGUCACCCCCUGCAAUAUAUGGUCAUCAUGAACCCUCGCCUCUGUGGCUUCUUAGUUUUUCUGCCUUUUCUGGUUAGCCUUUUGGACUCCCAGCUGCACAAUUUGAUUGCUCUACAACUCAAAUACUUCAAAGAUGUGGAAAUUGGCAAUUUCUUCUGUGAUCCAUCUCAACUACUUAAUUUUCCCUGUACUAAUACAUUAACCAAUACUAUAGUCAUGUAUGUUACUGGUGCCAUCUUUGGAUUUUUUCCAGUCUCAGGGAUCCUUUUCUCUUACUAUAAGAUUGUUUCCUCCAUCCUGAGGAUCUCUUCCUCAGGUGGGAAGUACAAAGCCUUCUCCACCUGUGGCUCUCACCUGGCAGUUGUUUGCUUAUUUUAUGGAACAGGACUUGCAGGGUACCUUCAUUCAGCUGUGUCAUCCUCCCCCAAGAAAGAUGUGGUGACCUCAGUGAUGUACACUGUGGUCACCCCCAUGCUGAACCCCUUCAUCUACAGCCUGAGGAACAGGGACAUUAAAAGUGCCCUGUGGAGGCUGCACAGCAGGACGGUCUAA